CCUUUGAUGUCCGAAUUUACCUGAAAAAGGUGGCAUGAAAAUAUCCGGCGGUUACAUUGCAAAAUGAUUACAUACACAGACACUCAUUUAUUACUCCUCACUCACUCUCCCCACAUGCCAUAACCAUCCAUACCACCCAAUCCAAUCCAACAAAUACAAUGGCCGCAGCCUUGGAGUGCUGGUCCAGCCGCGCCACCACCGCCGCCGCCGAUGACGACGCCGUGGAGCAGGUCCUCAUGCGCACCCACCACAGAUCCGAAGGCACCGCCACCCCCAAAGACCCCUCCUCCCUCCCUGUCCACAAGAAGCUCCAGAAGCUCACUCGCAACGUCUCCGAAGCCAUAGCUUCCUUCAAAAACUCCCUCAACCUCGAUUCCCCUCCUUCCUCCAAAGCCGACGCUUCCUCCAGAAAACUCGCCUGGGGCACCGUCGUUCGCAACCUCACUCAGCUCUACCCCGGAAGCCAGUUGCCGGAGAAGCUCAUGUCCAACAUUCGCAAGCAUUAUGAUUCAUUGCCUCUCAGUUAUGCACAGGCUGAGUUUGAUAUGAAGGAUGUGUUUCUUCACAUAAAGCUGAUGGAGCAAGCUUCGGAGAGUGAGCAGCCUGCGAUUUUGAUCCAAGAGGAGUGUGAUGAUGAGGCUCAGGUUCAGGGUUCUCCUUUGAGGCUCACGUUUGCUUGCAACUCUCCGAUUUCGUGGCCUGCGAUGUCGGGUGCGUUGGAUAGUUCCUCCAUUUGCUGCAAGAGGAUGCAGAUCUUUGAGAAGAAGGGUUUCACCUUGGGGGUUGUGCUUCUUGUGGUUCAGUCUGGGCAUGAUAAGUUGGUGAGGACCAGGGUUGAAAAUGCUUUGAAGUUUGCCAUGAAGAGGUCCAAAACUGGUUCUGUGAAGCUCCCCUUUGGGCUCUGUGGGUGCCAGGAGGAGAAUUCUAAAGGGAGAGAGCUUGGGGAGAUUGAAGAAGAAGCCGGUGAUGGUUGCCGCGGAAAGGAGUUUGAGAAUUCAGGCCAAAGGAUUCAGCUUCAGGUGCCUUUGCCUUCUUCAUGUUUUGUUGUGUCAGUGGAUGAAUGGCAGACCAUAAAGUCAGGUGGGGAUGAGAUUGAGAAAUGGUUGUUGAACUCAGAUAGUGUUGAGUUUGUGGAGCAGAUUGGACCUAAUUCGUAUAAGGGAGUGUAUAUGGGGAAGAGGGUUGGGAUUGAGAAGCUAAAGGGGUGUGAUAAAGGGAAUUCUUACGAGUUUGAGCUUCAUAAAGAUCUGCUGGAACUGAUGACUUGUGGUCAUAGAAACAUUCUGCAGUUCUGUGGUAUUUGUGUGGAUGAUAAUCAUGGGUUUUGUGUGGUGACCAAGUUCAUGGAAGGUGGGUCUGUUCAUGACUUGAUGUUGAAGAACAAGAAGCUUCAGAAUAAGGAUAUUGUGAGGAUUGCUGUUGAUGUGGCCGAAGGGAUGAAGUUUAUGAAUGAUCACGGUGUUGCAUAUAGAGACCUUAACACACAGAGGAUUCUGUUGGAUAGGCAUGGGAAUGCUUGCUUGGGAGACAUGGGCAUAGUCACUGCCUGCAAGAGUGUUGGAGAAGCAAUGGAGUAUGAAACUGAUGGUUAUAGGUGGCUAGCUCCAGAGAUAAUUGCAGGGGAUCCAGAGAAUGUGACAGAGACAUGGAUGAGUAAUGUUUAUAGUUUUGGAAUGGUAAUUUGGGAGAUGGUAACUGGUGAAGCAGCUUAUUCUUCAUUUUCACCGGUGCAAGCUGCAGUGGGCAUUGCGGCAUGUGGCCUUAGACCUGAAAUUCCAAAAGACUGCCAACAAACUCUAAAAUACAUUAUGACAAAGUGCUGGAACAACACCCCUUCAAAACGCCCUCAGUUCUCUGAAAUUUUAGCCAUAUUGCUACGACCAAACAAUAGAUAAACAUCUAUAUAUAACUAGUUCAUGGACAAGAAAAUGAUAACAAGUCCAUGGCUAAACAUGAUUCCACAUAUGCUUUUAUGGCAGUAACGAAGUUGUAAAUUUUCUGCUUUCCACAAUCUUGUAUCAUCUCUUAAUGACAUCAUAAAAUUCCAAAUGUCUUUGUCAUCA